UCACCACUGGCGAGUUUUUCUCCUUCCCUCUCUCUUCCACCCAUCUUGCAUGUGCUACGUUUACCGAGCCUGACAGAUCUCUCUCCAGCGGCAUCGGACACUGCGGGGGGAACAAGCCCACUAUGGAUUGCUAAAACUCGGGCUUCUUCUUCUCUUUUCCUUCCUUCUCUCUCGCCUUGUGUCCUCCUCCUCUAUGUAUCUCCACAGUUGUUAAGGGACGGAAAAUGAGGAUUAUUUACCCGCACUUUCUCGGGGUGUUUUCCGCCCUAUGGGGGCUGGCGACUGGGGCUUUCCCCAGCAGCGUUCAGAUAGGUGGUCUGUUUAUCAGGAACACGGAUCAAGAGUACACGGCAUUUCGAUUGGCUAUCUUCCUGCACAACACCAGCCCCAAUGCCACAGAGGCUCCUUUCAACCUGGUACCCCAUGUCGACAACAUCGAGACAGCUAACAGCUUCGCCGUCACCAAUGCCUUCUGUUCGCAGUACUCGCGGGGUGUGUUUGCAAUCUUCGGCCUGUACGACAAGCGUUCUGUGCACACCCUGACGUCGUUCUGCAGCGCUCUGCACAUCUCCCUGGUCACGCCCAGUUUCCCCACGGAGGGGGAGGGCCAGUUCACCCUGCAGCUCCGCCCCUCUAUCAGAGGAGCUCUGCUGUCUCUGCUGGACCACUACGACUGGAGUCGCUUCGUAUUCCUCUACGACACAGACAGAGGUUACGCCAUCUUACAGGCAAUCAUGGAGCGUGCAGGUCAAAACGGUUGGCAGGUGAGUGCCAUCUGUGUGGAGAGUUUCAACGAGGCAGCGUACCGUCGUCUGCUAGAAGACCUGGACCGCCGCCAGGAGAGGAAGUAUGUCAUCGACCUAGAGCCUGAGAGACUGCAGUGCAUUCUAGAACAGGCCAUUAGUGUGGGCAAACAUGUCAAAGGCUACCAUUACAUCUUGGCCAACCUCGGUUUUAAAGACAUAUCUCUAGAGAGGUUUAUGCAUGGUGGGGCUAACGUCACAGGGUUCCAGUUGGUUGACUUCAGUAAGCCCAUGGUCCUCAAACUGAUGCAGCGCUGGAACAAACUGGACCAGAGAGAGUACCCAGGCUCUGACAGCCCACCCAAGUACACCUCGUCUCUGACGUAUGAUGGGGUGUUGGUGAUGGCCGAAGCCUUUAGGAACCUGCGUCGUCAGAAGAUAGACAUCUCCCGUAGAGGAAAUGCUGGAGACUGUCUGGCCAACCCAGCUGCUCCCUGGAACCAGGGCAUAGACAUGGAACGCACACUCAAACAGGUGCGUAUCCAGGGCCUAACAGGUAACAUCCAGUUUGACCACUACGGCCGCAGAGUCAACUACACCAUGGACGUGUUUGAACUGAAGAGCAACGGACCACAACGGAUUGGCUACUGGAAUGACAUUGACAAACUGGUUCUGGUCCAAAAUGAGGUGUUGUUGUCCAAUGACAGCACCAGCUUGGAGAACAGGACAGUCGUCGUGACAACUAUCAUGAUGGCCAUGGCUAAUGUUACCUCAGCCACCUCCUCCUCUUUGCAGCCACUGAUGAGGAAGCCUCUGCUCCGACACUGAAGACUUACAGUACAGACAGACAGACAUACAGAUGGGAGAUGGAUUCACAGAAGGACUCACAUACUGACAGACUGAGCCAGAGAGACUCUAGCUCUCUAUCGCUCUGCAAUUCUAUUGCUGUGGAAUUGAGAGAAGAGGAAUCACAGGAAGACACAGAUGAACCGACCGGCAGGACACUAUCUAUCUAUCUAACUAUCUAUCUAACUAUCUAUCUAUCUAUCUAUCUAUCUAUCUAUCUAUCUAUCUAUCUAUCUAUCUAUCUAUCUAUCUAUCUAUCUAUCUAUCUAUCUAUCUAUCUAUCUAUCUAUCUAUCUAUCUAUCUAUCUAUCUAUCUAUCUAUCUAUCUAUCUAUCUAUCUAUCUAUCUAUCUAUCUAUCUAUCUAUCUAUCUAUCUAUCUAUCUAUCUAUCUAUCUAUCUAUCUAUCUAUCUAUCUAUCUAUCUAUCUAUCUAUCUAUCUAUCUAUCUAUCUAUCUAUCUAUCUAUCUAUCUAUCUAUCUAUCUAUCUAUCUAUCUAUCUAUCUAUCUAUCUAUCUAUCUAUCUAUCUAUCUAUCUAUCUAUCUAUCUAUCUAUCUAUCUAUCUAUCUAUCUAUCUAUCUAUCUAUCUAUCUCUACAUUUUAUUUGUCAUACCUUGGCUUGUUCUUCUCUAUGUGGGAACUACAGACACAGGAAGUUUGAAUGUUUUGGGAAUUAUCUUUUUGGAUGUUCCGGGAAUUUGAAAGGAAUUAUCAUAAUGCUUUUUUGUUUUUGAAGGAAUUAGACUGGGUGCUGAGAAAAAGACACAGGUCAGACAGGGGCCAUUCGUGCAGAAACACACACACCCACACAGAUUGCGCAUACUGUCACAAAAAGCACAACCUCAAAGCGUAUGCAUGCAUAGACACACCUUCACUCAAAGAGAACAUAACAAUUGCGCACACACGCACGCAAGCACGCACGCACACAUGCUACUGGGAGCUGCGUGUGUGUGUGCCAGAUGCGACGUGUUGUCUGUGACGACUGAAAUGAAUGUUGCAUCACCAUGACGACGUCCCUGUUAGCCCCCACAGCUGAGAGUCGUCACAUGACGUCACGCCCCCAGCAGAUAGCAGCUCUAGGCAUUCUGUUUCUCUGGUGUCCUCUAGACUGCAUCAGAGCUGCUUUCACUGCAUGGUCUCCCAUCCUAUAGCAUUCAUCUACAUCGCUCUAGUCUAGAUGAAUCUGCAGCUAAGUUGUCCCCGAUGUUGAAGUUGAGGAACUCUGGUAAACGUAUUAUGUUGUACUGCAUAUUGUAUUGGCUGGCUGCACAUUUAGGACCAGGGUUGGGGUUAGUUACAUUUUUUUUAUUCCAGCCAAUACAGAAAGUAAAUCAAAUUCCAAUUCUACAUUUUUCUCAUUGAAUUGAAAUUGGAAUUUCAGUGUACUUCUUAAAUUGUAAUGGAAUUGACCGCAACCUUGAUUAGGAGCUGUCUCUUUCUGGUGCCUCUGCUGCUGUUUCACUGUUUUAUGUCCUAUCUACCUGAACCAUUCUCCACUAAAACCUCUCUCUCUAUUUUCUCUCUCAUCUCGCUUUUCUCUUUCUCCCCUUUACCUUAUCUUCUCCCAUGUAAAACCCCUCUCUCUCUCUCUUGCCAUCUCUACACUGUCUCAGCCCUCUCUUUCCUCCCUCCUUUCCUCUCUCCCUUUUCAUCCAUUCUCAUGUAAGACAUCUGACGUGGUGUUCAGCAGAAUUAAACGUCACUUUUCCAAGCACACUCCCAGUAUCCCUCCAUGCACCUGCAAUGAGACUACACACACACACACACACACACACACACACACACACACACACACACACACACACACACACACACACACACACACACACACACACACACACACACACACACACACACACACACACACACACACACACACACACACACACACACUGUAGCAAAAGAGUCUGCAACACACUGAUAACAAAAUUUAAAGUGGUUUAAACAUGAAAUAACCCACUGUUGGCAAAGCAAAGGUUUGUGCAUUCGUACGUUCGUACGUUCGUGCGCGUGCAUGCGUGUGUGUGUACUAUCACUGCUAAAUACUCUACAAAGUCUUCUAUUCUGACGUUAAACUAUUGCCCUUUUAAUAUGCUAAUAUUUUCAGAACAGUGAGGCAGGGUUAAAAAGAGAAUUAUCCAAAGUCAUAAGUAGACUAAAAGAUGAGCCCAUGUUCUUUCUACACCAUCUGUUCUCUAGAUCCUAAUACACAGUACAGUUCACCAUCUGCUCUCUAGAUCCUAAUACACAGUACAGUUCACCAUCUGCUCUCUAGAUCCUCAUACACAGUACAGUUCACCAUCUGCUCUCUAGAUCCUCAUACACAGUACAGUACACCAUCUGUUCUCUAGAUCCUCAUACGCAGUACAGUACACCAUCUGUUCUCUAGAUCCUCAUACGCAGUACAGUUCACCAUCUGUUCUCUAGAUCCUCAUACACAGUACAGUUCACCAUCUGCUCUCUAGAUCCUCAUACACAAUACAGUACACCAUCUGUUCUCUAGAUCCUCAUACACAGUACAGUUCACCAUCUGUUCUCUAGAUCCUCAUACACAGUACAGUUAACAAUCUGUUCUCUAGAUCCUCAUACACAGUACAGUUCACCAUCUGUUCUCUAGAUCCUCAUACACAGUACAGUACACAAUCUGUUCUCUAGAUCCUCAUAUACAUUACAGUUCACCAUCUGUUCUCUAGAUCCUCAUACACAGUACAGUUCACCAUCUGUUCUCUAGAUCCUCAUACACAUUACAGUUCACCAUCUGUUCUCUAGAUCCUCAUACACAGUACAGUUCACCAUCUGUUCUCUAGAUCCUCAUACACAGUACAGUACACCAUCUGUUCUCUAGAUCCUCAUACACAUUACAGUUCACCAUCUGUUCUCUAGAUCCUCAUACACAUUACAGUACACCAUCUGUUCUCUAGAUCCUCAUACACAUUACAGUUCACCAUCUGUUCUCUAGAUCCUCAUACACGUUACAGUUCACCAUCUGUUCUCUAGAUCCUCAUAUACAUUACAGUUCACCAUCUGUUCUCUAGAUCCUCAUACACAGUACAGUUCACCAUCUGUUCUCUAGAUCCUCAUACACAUUACAGUUCACCAUCUGUUCUCUAGAUCCUCAUACACAGUACAGUUCACCAUCUGUUCUCUAGAUCCUCAUACACAUUACAGUUCACCAUCUGUUCUCUAGAUCCUCAUACACAUUACAGUUCACCAUCUGUUCUCUAGAUCCUCAUAUACAUUACAGUUCACCAUCUGUUCUCUAGAUCCUCAUACACAGUACAGUUCACCAUCUGUUCUCUAGAUCCUCAUACACAUUACAGUUCACCAUCUGUUCUCUAGAUCCUCAUACACAUUACAGUUCACCAUCUGUUCUCUAGAUCCUCAUACACAGUACAGUUCACCAUCUGUUCUCUAGAGCCUCAUACACAGUACAGUACACCAUCUGUUCUCUAGAUCCUCAUACACAAUACAGUACACCAUCUGUUCUCUAGAUCCUCAUACACAAUACAGUUCACCAUCUGUUCUCUAGAUCCUCAUACACAGUACAGUUCACCAUCUGCUCUCUAGAUCCUCAUACACAGUACAGUACACCAUCUGUUCUCUAGAUCCUCAUACGCAGUACAGUACACCAUCUGUUCUCUAGAUCCUCAUACACAGUGCAGUACACCAUCUGUUCUCUAGAUCCUCAUACGCAGUACAGUUCACCAUCUGUUCUCUAGAUCCUCAUACACAGUACAGUUCACCAUCUGUUCUCUAGAUCCUCAUACACAAUACAGUACACCAUCUGUUCUCUAGAUCCUCAUACACAGUACAGUUCACCAUCUGUUCUCUAGAUCCUCAUACACAGUACAGUUAACAAUCUGUUCUCUAGAUCCUCAUACACAGUACAGUUCACCAUCUGUUCUCUAGAUCCUCAUACACAGUACAGUACACCAUCUGUUCUCUAGAUCCUCAUAUACAUUACAGUUCACCAUCUGUUCUCUAGAUCCUCAUACACAGUACAGUUCACCAUCUGUUCUCUAGAUCCUCAUACACAUUACAGUUCACCAUCUGUUCUCUAGAUCUUCAUACACAGUACAGUUCACCAUCUGUUCUCUAGAUCCUCAUACACAGUACAGUACACCAUCUGUUCUCUAGAUCCUAAUACACAGUACAGUUCACCAUCUGUUCUCUAGAUCCUCAUACACAAUACAGUUCACCAUCUGUUCUCUAGAUCAUCAUACACAGUACAGUUCACCAUCUGUUCUCUAGAUCCUCAUACACAGUACAGUUAACAAUCUGUUCUCUAGAUCCUCAUACACAGUACAGUUCACCAUCUGUUCUCUAGAUCCUCAUACACAGUACAGUUCACCAUCUGUUCUCUAGAUCCUCAUACACAUUACAGUUCACCAUCUGUUCUCUAGAUCCUCAUACACAUUACAGUUCACCAUCUGUUCUCUAAAUCCUCAUACACGUUACAGUUCACCAUCUGUUCUCUAGAUCCUCAUACACAUUACAGUUCACCAUCUGUUCUCUAGAUCCUCAUACACAUUACAGUUCACCAUCUGUUCUCUAGAUCCUCAUAUACAUUACAGUUCACCAUCUGUUCUCUAGAUCCUCAUACACAGUACAGUUCACCAUCUGUUCUCUAGAUCCUCAUACACAUUACAGUUCACCAUCUGUUCUCUAGAUCCUCAUACACAGUACAGUUCACCAUCUGUUCUCUAGAUCCUCAUACACAGUACAGUUCACCAUCUGUUCUCUAGAGCCUCAUACACAGUACAGUACACCAUCUGUUCUCUAGAUCCUCAUACACAAUACAGUACACCAUCUGUUCUCUAGAUCCUCAUACACAAUACAGUUCACCAUCUGUUCUCUAGAUCCUCAUACACAUUACAGUUCACCAUCUGUUCUCUAGAUUCUCAUACACAAUACAGUUCACCAUCUGUUCUCUAGAUCCUCAUACACAGUACAGUACACCAUUUGUUCUCUAGAUCCUAAUACACAGUACAGUACACCAUCUGUUCUCUAGAUCCUCAUACACAUUACAGUUCACCAUCUGUUCUCUAGAUCCUCAUACACAAUACAGUACACCAUCUGUUCUCUAGAUCCUCAUACACAUUACAGUUCACCAUCUGUUCUCUAGAUCCUCAUACACAUUACAGUUCACCAUCUGUUCCCUAGAUCCUCAUACACAUUACAGUACACCAUCUGUUCUCUAGAUCCUCAUACACAAUACAGUACACCAUCUAUUCUCUAGAUCCUCAUACACAUUACAGUUCACCAUCUGUUCUCUAGAUCCUCAUACACAUUACAGUACACCAUCUGUUCUGUAGAUCCUCAUACACAUUACAGUUCACCAUCUGUUCUCUAGAUUCUCAUACACAAUACAGUUCACCAUCUGUUCUCUAGACCCUAAUACACAGUACAGUACACCAUCUGUUCUCUAGAUCCUCAUACACAAUACAGUUCACCAUCUGUUCUCUAGAUCCUCAUACACAUUACAGUUCACCAUCUGUUCUCUAGAUCCUCAUACACAUUACAGUUCACCAUCUGUUCUCUAGAUCCUCAUACAAAGUACAGUACACCAUCUGUUCUCUAGAUCCUCAUACACAAUACAGUACACCAUCUGUUCUCUAGAUCCUCAUACACAGUACAGUACACCAUCUGUUCUCUAGAUCCUCAUACACAGUACAGUACACCAUCUGUUCUCUAGAUCCCCAUGCACAUUACAGUUCACCAUCUGUUCUCUAGAUCCUCAUACACAUUACAGUUCACCAUCUGUUCUCUAGAUCCUCAUACACAUUACAGUUCACCAUCUGUUCUCUAGAUCCUCAUACACAUUACAGUUCACCAUCUGUUCUCUAGAUCCUCAUACACAGUACAGUUCACCAUCUGUUCUCUAGAUCCUCAUACACAUUACAGUACACCAUCUGUUCUCUAGAUCCUCAUACACAGUACAGUUCACCAUCUGUUCUCUAGAUCCUCAUACACAGUACAGUUCACCAUCUGUUCUCUAGAUCCUCAUACACAGUACAGUUCACCAUCUGUUCUCUAGAUCCUCAUACACAUUACAGUACAUUAGGAUUCAUAUUUUAAGACUGUCCCUUUUGUACCGUCUAUUAAAAUGGAAUAAGAUGCAUAUUAUGUACCUUCACAACAGAUGGCAUGAAAUAUGAACUCAGCUCGGGUUUAGACUGUUGAUGAGAUGAUUUUGGUGUGGAUUAUGCCUUUAAGACCUAACUAUGGGUUUGUAGGUUGGAGCAGCACGGCUAUGUUUGGGAGAAUCUCUGUCUGUGUUUGUGACUUCAUUAAGAGUGAUUCAUGUUGAGUUAAUGGAGAGAGAGAGAUAUAUCUCAGAGGGGCUGCUAAUGUGUGUAUGAUAAUGAGGUUUAGAAAAAUAUGCUAUGGACAACAUGUACAAAUGUGACAAGAUUCUGCAUUAAAGAUAAUGUACAUUCUAUUCAUGUUUUGCCACUUGAUAAAUGCAAAUAUAUGCACAUCAGGCUUGAUUCUACCUUGAGAUCCAUGUGAGUAACUCAGAUAUUCACACAACUCUCCCAUUUACAUUGAGUUACAGUGGUGUACACGGCUCAAGUUAGGACAUAUCCCAGUAUGGCUUGAGAUGUGUUUCUUUGGUGAUAUCAUUCCAGACUAAUGGUAUGUAACUGAUACAAUGUAAACAUGUCUCUAAAAAUGGUAUGCAUUUAUAUUUCCCCCUUUGAUUUGUGUAAAAACAAUAUGUUUCAUUUGAUGUGACCUAUUUACCUGUGUGCUUUAUUCUGGCAGGUUCCUUGGUGAGCCAGGAAUGAAGUCUCUUGAAAUGUAUCAAUUUCACUUGUAAAUUAACAUUAUAAAUGAAAACGUGUGCAUGAA